AUGUGUAGAUUUUUAAUCUUCAAGGGCAAACAGCCGAUCCGGCUGUCCCAUCUUUUAACAAGACCAGCUCAUUCUAUUAUAAACCAGUCAUUUGACAGCAGAUUACGCUUAGACAGAAGAAGGCCAAUGAAUGGUGACGGAUUUGGUGUGGCUUACUAUCCACUAGAUAGUGAAUUAAGCGAGGAUGGUCCGUGUCUUUUUAAAGCUAUUACUCCAGCAUGGAACAACCAAAAUUUGAGUACGUUGGCAGAGAAGACUAAAUCUGACCUAGUUUUUGCACAUGUAAGAGCUUCUACAUAUGGUGUCUUGUCUGAGACCAACUGCCAUCCGUUCACGUACCACAGCUUAUGUUUUAUGCAUAAUGGUGGUAUAUCUAAUUUCAAAGGAAUCAAGAGAAGAUUACUGAAUCAUAUCAAUGACGAGUACCUUAAUUUCAUUCAAGGAAGCACAGAUUCUGAGUGUGCGUUUGCGCUAUUUUUGGAUACUUUGGACAAAUUGGGCUAUGAUCCCAAGAAACAAGACGGCAACUUUGGUAAUGUUGCGUUAAGAAAAGCAAUGUUACGAACAAUUGACUAUAUCAGAGACUGGACCAAAGAAGCUAACAAAAAUGAAGUACAUGUGGAACCAUCCUUACUAAAUUUUGCCGUAACAGACGGAUCUACAGUUAUCGUUUCCAGGUAUAUAACCUCAAAGACGGACGAGGCAGCAUCCUUGCAUUUCAGUUGUGGUUCAAGUUUUGUGGAGACUUCACCAGGAGAAUACAGAGUUGAAAGGUUAGAUAGAAAUCAAGAUGUGAUCAUGGUUGCAUCAGAACCAUUGACAUUCGAAAGAGGUGAUUGGACAGCAGUACCCACUAACAGCAUAUUGACUAUCAAAAAACAGACAAUACUACUACAUCCUAUUAUCGACGAAUACUACCAAGAAGACCCGUUAUACCUAAGAAGUUCGACUCUCGCAGAAAGCAAGGGGCUCAUGGGUUCUAUACCGCUAGCGAAAGCUGUGGAAAAGAACGUCCCCCCACUAGAAAGAGAGGGCCGCACGAGACCUCCAACUGCUGUUGUGCAUAUAGCAUAA